AUGCCAGAAACUGCAUGCCCAAGAUGCCUAAGAACCAGUCAGAUCAGCUUUAUCCACUCAGCGCUUGUUGUCCUGAAGCCUCUGCUUAUUUCAGAACCUGGCCGACUAUUCGGCAGCAAGUCGCCUGCAUCUCAGUGGCUACUAGUGCCUAGCCAGCAUCUCCCUGGGAGCGCCACAACUUCGUCCGAGACACUUACGACCGAGACCCGCGAUGCCACUCUCUGCAAUAACAGCCCAGCGCCGUCGAAAAGCGACCGUCACACCUCUACAGAAUCUAUCGCGUCACGAGCUCGGAUAGUUAGUUUGAAAGGCACGGCUACGGAGCAAGACGCUGAGUGGCUUGCACUUGAAUACGGUCUUCCCUCACAGAUGGGGCUGCUGGACCCUAGCUAUUCAAUAUUCAUAAACGAGCAAAAAAGCGGUGGGAUUUCUGCUCUCAUGGCCGAAUUCAGGCUCUAUCGGCAUCGAAAACGCUGGGGGGUCUCAUUUCUAGGUGCUGGCAAAGGGCUGGUCGAGUAUUCUACGUCCGCGAAAGAAGGAACGUCGACGAUACUCCAGUUUGGACACAAUCGAGUUCUGAAUCCUCUAACGAACGAGGUCAUCCACGAGACCUGUGGCAAGCGAAUCCUAACGCAGAACCGACAACUCCUCAAUCCAAGCAAGGGAGACCUCUCGCUUGAGAUCUACACUCCAUCUGCCCAAAGGACGGACUACAGGCUGGAAUGGGAAUUGAGUGCAAUUUACCACGACUGGUGCAUAGCCCGCAACGCUACCAAGAAGCCACAAGCCUUCAUAACAGAAUAUGAUCCCUUCCUCAUACCAACACUGAUGACCUACAUUUACGCGCGGGAUAGUCACGGCGCAGUCCUCGGGUUUGCGGCCCUCCGCUGGGUGGUAUGA